ACUGGGCCUGCACCGUUGCACCGUCCUUGCUGCUCAAAGCCCAUCAUAUGCGAUGCGGCAGUUUCACCAUGGCCGGCACGGAGACAUUGAGGUACAAAGAUGAACUGGAUCAAGUCAAAGACCGCAUUGGUGGCCUCUUGCAACAGCUGGAGUCAGAGGAGGAUCCUCGCGCAAAGCAACGCCUCCAGAAAAAGGUGACCCGAAGAGUGAGUCGCGUGGUAAACCUCGAGCCAGUGGAAGCUGAAACUCAACCACCCGAGACCUUUCACGAUGUGCGUGAAAAGUUAGACGACCUUUUGGGGCAACUGCACCUCGAAGAGCGGCAACAUGUGCUCUCCCAGGUCGUCGAGUGGUUCGUGGGUCACACACCUGCAGCCCAGAAGGACAUUGCAGUCCUGGAGAGGGCCGACAAAGAGCGCAUUCUUCCUGAUUCAUCUCGUGGACGGCCAUUGCCGCAGGAUGACUGCAAGAAGGGGACGACAUCGCGAGGCAUGUCAUUGGUUUAUGGUUUUGUCUUCAUUGUGUUUGCCGUUGCAUUCACACGCUUCGUCCUGCUGAGGCCAUUGCCGCAGGAUGACUGCAAGAAGGGGUUUAACAAUCGCUAUGACAAGGCGUGGAAUCAGAAGCUCGGUCGAAACUUCACGACCCCCAUCCCACAGUUCAGCACGGACGGAUGUGUGAUUUACUGA